GUGGGCGUCGCUCCAGGACAGACUGGGCUGCUCUGGUGCGCCGCUGCCCGCUUUUCUCUCGCAGGACUGCAGCACUCUCAUGGCGUUUUGUAGGUCGACUGAUGUCUAAAUUAACAGGGAACAGCUCGGUUCAGAUCUCAGACCUGGUUUCGCGCAGUGGCUCAGGAGAAGCACUGACUCUUGCGGCCGGGCGUUGCACCGUGGGUUAUCGGGCGCUGCGGAGCUUGUCAGCAUGCAUCGCAUUAUUCUUAAAAAAAAAAAAAAAUGAAAAAAAAAAAAAAAAAAAAAUGAAUGCGUGUGAUUCUCAAUCCACGUGAUGGGGUAGGAUAUAGAAGAUGAAGAACUAUUCUGCAAAUGAGGCAGCCUCAGAGAUGGUUCAACACCGCUGACAUCACAGUGGCUCACCAAAGCAACCUGCUGAAACAGCUCAACCAGCAGCGCCGCCAGGAGCUUUUCUGUGACUGCAGUGUGCUGGUGGAGGGCCAGCUCUUCAGGGCCCACCGCAACGUCCUGUUUGCCAGUAGCGGUUAUUUCCGCAUGCUGCUGUCCCAGGGGCCCGAUGGGAUGUCCGAAACCGUCAAUGCCACCUUCGAUGUCUUCAGCCCAGAGACCUUCACUGUCAUCCUGGAUUUUAUCUACUCUGGCCUGCUAGACCUCACCAGUCACAAUGUUAUCGAGGUGAUGUCUGCAGCCAGUUACCUGCAGAUGAACAAUGUCAUUAACUACUGCAAGAACUUCAUCAAAUCUUCUUUGGACAUCAGCGUAAAAGAUGAAGAAAAUGAACGUUGCCUCAGUUUGUCUGAGACAUGUAGCUUCACUAGUGGAGCUGGAGAGGAGACCUCGGACCAGCAGCAACAAGGUCCCUGCUCUGUCAGCCCACCACCUGCACUCUGGACCCGGGAUAGCUCCAGAAACCAGUCUGGCUUUAUAGGGAAGGACCUAGACCAGGAUGUGUCAGCCUCAGGAAUCAAGACUAGUUCAAGCAGCCCUGCUAACGACCUCGGUGCAGAGACAGAGGACCUACAGGACCCUCAGGAUCCUCUGUACACUUUGCCUGGAACAGAGCGCCGGCGGAGCAGAGGGGCAGCCAAGAGGCGAGCAUCCAAUAGUAAUCGCUCCAACCAACAUGAAGACCUGGACAUUCAGGAGGCGAGGACACAAAAAGCUGAAAAGGCAGAGGAGCUGUACGCCACUCUGCCACCUAUUGUAGGUGUUAUUGGGCACUUUAAUAAAGACUCAAACCCCAUCAUGCGCUUCAAAUGCCCCUUUUGUACACACACAGUGAAGAGGAAGGCAGACCUGAAACGACAUUUGCGCUGUCACACUGGGGAGAGACCAUACCCCUGUCAGGCCUGCAAUAAGCGCUUCACUCGCCUAGAGCAUCUUCGCAGCCAUUUUGAAACAAUUCAUCAAGCCAGGAAACUGGUGUGCAGGAAGUGUAAGUGUCAGGUGACAGAGGAGACCGGACACGUGGUGUGUGAGGGGACACGACGCUAUCGCAUGUGCACCGCUUGUAUCCAGGAAGUGGGCUGUGACACCAUUCCCAUGGACAGUCUGGAGGAAAGCAAUGAGGAACCAGCUCUGUUACUGGGCGUGGACGGAGAGGAAGAAGGGGAAAGCAAAAGGACCUGGAUGGUAACCGAUGAUGAUGACCUUGCCGAAGACUCGGGAGCUGACCUUAUUAUUCAGCAAGUGGACGACAGUGACGAGGAGCUGCAGUGAAAUGGGACCAAAGUGUGUAUGCGUACUUAUAGGCAUGCACAAACAUUGACUCUGUAUGUGUGUUAAAGCCAUUGAAGAGAAUUUAUGCAUAAAAUACAUUAUCUGAUCCACUUUUGUAAAUACACACGCUUAUGAUAAUUAUCAUUUAAUUCAACUGGUUUAUCACUACUUUUGGCUAAGUUUGUGAUCUUUGUGGCAGAAUGGAAUGCCUUUUUUAAGCUUCAUAAAGAAACGCAGUAUCCAAAGCAUGCAUACUCAGUGUUAUUUGUUCCAAGUUUCACUUCUGUAAUAGUUGUUAUCAAUAUGUUUUUUCAUAUGCAUGGAAAAACCUUUAGACUCAGCAAAUGAAAAAAAAAAAUCAACAAUAACAUGACAUAGACUCCGCCCCUGAUGGCAAGAGCUGAGAGCAGAUUUUCUUUAAGCAGAUAUUUGCACCCAGGUGUCAGAAGCGUACCACCCUGUUUACAGCGGUGUUGUACUCUUAAAGCCCGACUGAAGGACUCUAACAUAAAGACUUACUAACAUUUUGCUAAUGUCGCCAAAAGGUCUAUUUUAAUGCAACAUUUUCAUAUUUUCCUCAACCUAAUCAAUCUAAUCACUGAAUUUGGAAGUUGUAUCCAUGAUCUAAACCUUGUAUUCAGGGUCAGUGUCCUAUCUUUACUCCACUGACCACCAUGAAUCAGUGGGUCAGAGCCAGGAGAUGGUGGCUAUUCUCACCCUGGUGCAAAUAGACACUCCUUUAUCAGUUUUUCACUAUUGCAGUACUUUUCAUGGGUAUGUUUGAUCAUGAUAUGCACUAUAAUUUUAAUUCUUUGUUUCUUUUUACUUUUUGACACAUUAAAAAUAUUUUGUAUACA